GACUCAGAACCAAAUGGCUAAAUACGGCUUGACAACGGGCACCGCGGCGUUGCGGACAUCACGCCCACCCGCAUACCAUAACAUCACCUUGCCUCCUGCCAUCUUCUUUGCGCUUCCCCCCUCCGUCAUUCUCUUCCCUUUGUCUCCUCUAUACCCUUGACUUCUCGAAACUCUUUCGUCCUACCCCCAUUCUGCGUUAUAACCGCACAUCGCUCCCUCCCUUGACCCGGAAGUAUGCGAUCGACUGCGGACCAGACCUGGGAUUCCCCCGGCGGUUUGCACUGGGGACUGAGAGGGGAACCCGUUUUGCUUGCCAGCCUGCGCUUGAACUCUGCAUUGGGUUGUUUCGCAGCGUCCUUGCUCACCGUCACGAUCUGCUUGACCGAGAGAUUGGCAACGUACGCUCAUGGAACGCAAUGGGGACCUGCAUGGUGUGAGCGAUCGCGGUGGCGACUCGCGUUGUGGCGAUCAGGGCUAUAUUGGCUUGCUAGCUUGCUGAGAUUAUCCUAUAUGCUUAUUGCCAUGUCUUUCAAUGUUGGCUUGAUACUGCUCAUCGCUACCACCCUUGCUGCCGCUCAGUUCUUCACCGAGUUGCACAAAUUUCCUCCCUUGGAGUCCCAUCGACCACCACCAGGCUCAUACGAAGACGCAGAAGAGCCGCUUCUGGAACGAAACUCAGCACCGAUAGCUCUGGGUUCCGUCCCCCAACCUCGCGCUCAAACCCGACCCCGCUCCAAGUCAAAACCCGACUCUAUCUUCAUCCACCCCAGAUUCAACAACAUCGCGCGCGCCGACGCAGCCGCCCUCGAGCUGGGCUUAGGCGGCACGACCGACCGCGUAUCGGACGCCAACUACCGCCGCACCGACGCGCCGUGGAAGCACGGUCAGGGCAAGCAACAAGCCCGUGCCCUCCUCGGCCACACCCGCACCCGCGACCAUCACGCCUUCGGCCUCGACGACGACAGCAGCUCCGAGCUCUCCUCUCCUUCAUGACAGUGACGCGACACGCAAUGUUGUAUGAUAUCCCGUUUUAGUCCAGGUAUCGUCUGACUGUGGGCGUGUUGCUUGCUAUUUAUCAUAUUGUAUCCAAGUGGGGUUCGUGUGAGGGAACUAAUGUGCGCGAU